CCACUACAUCCUCCUAGCACCCGGGACGGCGGGGUCAUGCCAGGAGAGCAGCCCCCAACUUUGCCCAGAGACUUACAGCCCUGCCAAAUUGCCAGGAGUCUAGGGCGCCCCUCUCAGCACCCCCUCAAGGACCACAGCUCCGCCAGCAGGACCACCCAGGGCAUGAGAGAUGAAGGCAGCAAGGCCCAAGGUUCCCCAGAAGCCCAACUGAGUCAGGCCAAAGAGGUGGAGCGGGAGGACCCGCUCCUGAGAUCGCAAGCCCCGGCAGGACAGAGCUACGCACAAGCUUACUCAUGGCUGGCCGGCAGGAUGGAGAGCAGUCACCCACAGCUCCACAGCUUAAGUACUUCAAGGAUCAGAUGCAUCCUGGGUGAGGUGCCCAAGGAUCUGCAUCGUGAAGCACCCCAGCUGUCAGACACCAAGGUUCCUCAAGGCCAAAAGACCAGAGCCCGCCACAGGCCCAGCAUCUCAAGGGGCAAGGCCCUCCCCUCCCCAGAAGAGAAGAGCUCCCAAAGGUGCUUUCAGGAGGCCCCUUCCAGCUUUACCUCCACCAACUGUACCUCACCGAGUGCCACCCCCGGGCCCUUACCCCGGAGGGCCCCGCAGAGCAGUGGCACCAGCCCCCGUAGGCUUGCUUCUGGCACUAGCCUCCAGGCCAUUGGGACCAACCCCUGGUCUCCUGCUGCUGAAAACAGCUUCCCAGGUGCUAAUUUUGGGGUCUCCUCUGCAGAGCCAGAGCCCUUCCCCGAAGGCGGCAGGCCUAGCAGCCCCCAGGGGCUCUCUGUCCCGUACCCCUUCCCCGUAGAAACAAUCCAACAUGAGCGGGCAACAGGGAAUGUGUUAUUUACCUUCCACCAGCCCCUGGCAGCGUGGUCUGAGGAGGCCGUGGGUUCAAACCCUGCCUACCCAUCCCUGCCUUGCAACCCAGGCCAGUCAGGGUCAGCCAGCGCUCCCAGGGAUCUUGGAGGCGCCCUCUCACCACCUGCCUCUGCUCGAUUCCUCCCAAGCCCCUUCCACGAUAGUCUGCACAAAGGCCUGACCAAAGGCCUUCCUGAAGGGCCCUCUCCCACUCGUGAUGGACUGGGGAGCCCCAGAGGCCUCCCAAAUCCACCACCCCAGAGGCACUUUCCAGGGCAGGGGUAUGGAGCUAAUGCAGUGGGUGCCAGCCCAGCAUCUCUGGAUACAGAGCUGCCCACCCCUGGGCCACCACCCACUCAUCUGCCCCAGCUGUGGGAUACAACAGCUGCUCCUUAUCCCACGCCUACCCUGGGCCCUGCAGCUGCUGCCAGGACUGCCUUCUUUGAAAGCCAGCAGCUCUGCCUUCCCCAGAGUCCCCCCCUGCCCUGGUCCCCGGUGCUUACGACCCCUGGGCCGAAUUCCCACCAAAUGGGGGUACUGAGCCGACUGAAAUUCCCUAGGGGGUCUUCUGAGUGGCAGGGGGACAGCCAGGGAACCCUGGGUGCUUUGAAUAUAAUCGCCAGGUCUGGAGAGACAGUAUCCACUCUCAGGAGCAGCCCAGGUCAGCCAAGCGGUUCCCCCAGGCUGCUAGCCUAUGGUGGGAUGCAGGACCCUGGGACGACGCAGCCCCUGUUCUUUGGAGGAACCCAACCCCAAGUGUCACCCCAAGGGCCCCUCAACCUGCCCCCACCUAGAGUGGUGGGGGCCUCGCCCAGUGACUCUCCUCUUCCCUCACCUGCCACCAACACAGCCAGCAGCACCUGCUCGUCCCUGUCACCGGCAUCCAGCAGCCCAGCCAACCCCAGCUCUGACGACAGCCAGCAACCUGGAGCCCUCAGGUCCUCAGCCUUCUUCCUGCCGCCCACCCACUCCCAAGAGACAAGCAGCACCUUCCCUUCCCCAGAGCCCACAUACACCCUCCCCACACGCUAUCAAUCCGAGACGGCCAAAGCCUUCCCUCCCCCCACAGAGGGGUCAGGAGCUGAGGAUGCCUUCAAGGGCCUGGAGGGAGGAGCCCCAUUCUCCCACAAGAGCCCCUCACUGGGCAGAGAUGGCCUGAAGGGCUUUCCUCCAGAGCCACCGCCACCACCGCCACCACCGCCACCACCGCCACCACCGUACUCUGCCCAGCACUUCUCCCUGAGCAGCGCUAGCCUGGACCAGCUCGAUGUCCUGCUGACCUGCAGACAGUGUGACCGAAACUAUAGCAGCCUUGCAGCCUUCCUGGAACACAGGCCUCUCUGCAGCCUGCUGCUCGCCAAGACCAAGGGUGGCUCUCUGCAGCCCCCAGGGCUCCCCACGCCCACCGCCACCUCGAAGGCACCCGCCGAGGCACACUCAGCCUUGCUUGAACACAACCAGGCUGUCCCCUUCCUGCUAACCAGAGAUGAUCAGGGAGACAGCAAAGAUGACUCGCUGAGGACAAGCUUCCUUCCCGGGCUGGCUGUCACCUCCUUCCCACUCACCACCUCGGACCUCGAUAUGGAGGACGACGCAAAGCUCGACAGACUCAUCACCGAGGCUCUGAAUGGCAUGGAGUACCAAUCAGACAACCCCGAGAUAGACAGCAGCUUCAUUGAUGUCUUUGCUGAUGAGGAGCCUUCAGGCUCCAGGGCACCCAGUGCUGGGCAUCCCCCCCAGUCCCAGAUGGGAGCAGCUUCCAAGAAUGGUGCCCAGCCCCAGCUCCCAUCCAAAGCUGCUAUGCCAGAACCCCAAGCCCCCUGCCCUGGAGACAGGAGCCGCCCAGCCCGAAACAGGCCCAAAACCCGCUCCCUGGGCCUUGCGCCUGCAGAGGCAGAUGCGACCACGCUGGUCAGGCAGCAGAGGAGGGGGAAGCAGUUCAAGCUGUUCCGGAAAGAGGCAGGUGUGACCAAGGGUCCUAACAAUCAGGCCAGAGCCAUCUGCCUGCGGCCAAGGAGAAAGGGUCGCAGUGCUGAGGGGCCCCAGCGCCAGGCUUGCAAAAGUCGGGUCCGCAGGGGCCACGCUCGUGUGGAUCACGGCCUUUCCAGAGCCACCUCCAAAGAGACCAGGAGCUCCAAGCACCUGCAGCUGCCCUCUGGGAAGGACUCCAGGAAAAGGAGGGGGCGGGGCGGCUCCUGGAGCAAGGAACUCAUUCACAAGAUAGUGCGGCAGAAAAACAGGUGCCACCGGCAGCAGGCGCCGCAGAGCCAGGCCGCCCAUGCACCCGCGCUGCCUGUGAGACCACCCAGUGCCCAGGAGGGCAGGCUCGCGGGGCAAGGCUGUGCCUCUGAAUCAGAGGAGGAGGCUGGUGUGCAUCAGCGGGAUUUGGGGGGUCCCGCCCAAGGCUGUUCCUCCCACAGCCGCCAACGGUGGCGCCGGGGCAAAAAGAGGAAGAAGGAAGAUUUGACCCAGAACCCAAGAAAGGUCAUGAGGCAGGAGGCUGGCGAGAACAGGGCCUCUCCCACUCUGAGGACACAAAGCCUGUUGCCGAACUUGGAGGCUGGAGACGUCCCUGUGGAGAGAGGACCCGAGCAUGGUGGUCAUCCCAUAGUAGCCCUAAAACAUGUUCCCCAGCUCCUCACCACCACCAAGACCCACGAGGAAAACCAUGCAGCCCUGGACUUCCCCCCGGAGGGCCAGGAGUCUGAAGUUGCUGCUGUGAUACACCCUGGUACCACAGAGCUCAGAGAGAAGACCAGCUCUCCAGCUAACUGUGGUGGGGCGAGUCCCCGAUCUGCUGCUCCGGUGCCAGCACAGGCUGGCAGUCCUAGGCCAUCAGGGAGCCACCCUGAAACACUAUCAGGACACAGCAUGCCAGUACCAGAUCCGGGCACUUCUGGACACAUGAAGACCCCUACUUUGCAUACCAGAGAGGACUCUGCCUCCCAGCCUGGAAGUUGCCUGGUACCCAUCGAUAAGGUGGCAGAGGCUUUCUACACUGAAUCCAGCAUCCCGGUUUGCAAGAACUCGAGUCCUGGUUGUGACCCUGACCACUGUGACGGGCACUCUAUAGAGUGUCCUGCUGCCAAAAGAGGACCCCUGCCUAACAACGACACCUCCUGUGAAUUGUUCCUUGGGUCCAAGGACCUAGCUAACUGUUUGCCUGACGACUUGUACACUAAGCCUUUAGCUAUGGACCCAUUGCCUGCCCGAAGCUGCUACCUUAGCCAGGACAGUAUGGAGACCCUUGAGUCAACACCACUGAAGAGUCCGCCCUACCCAGCUGAAACAGACCCAGGCAAGGUGCAUUCGCCACUGACUUUGGAGUCCACAUCCCUGUUUGUGGCACUGCCUGAGGAUGGAUUUGACCCACCACUCUAUGACAGCUUGUCUGCAAACAGGGUCACCCAGGUACCACUGGCAGGUCCUGAGAAACCUCUGGCAGAUCCUCUGUUUCCGCCAUUCUUGCUGCUGGAGGAGGUUUCUCCGGUGCUGCCUGGCUCCUUUCCUGGCCUCUCCCAGGGAAAGACAUUCAGCAAGAAGCGUCUCUCGGAGCAGACAGGGCCUCCCAGCCCUCCCGCUGUGCCUGAAAAGGGAGGCGAAUGUAGCCUUACACUUACAAGCAAUCUGUGUGAGGACGAACUGGAGAUCAAAAGAUUGGUAACGGAAUUAGAAAGCCAACUGCAGGGGAAGGGGAGCACACAGGGGGCCUUGGGAGAGCCAGGAGAAGCUAUGCAGAGAGGCAAGAUGGACACAAGCCCAAAGCAGGCCUCCCUUCUAUCCACAAAUCAGGCCAUCUCACCCCAGAAGGAGCCAGCAGAUGACCUUACAGGUCUUGAGGGAUCAAGUUCACAGCAGGAAGGGGGGACCCUUAGGACCCCCCAGAAACAGUGGUCCUACCCAGCCUCCUACCACGCAGAAAAAGCAGCACCUCCCCCUGGUGCCAAGGAGCACCCAGGUUCCGGGACUCCCCUCAGCCCCGAAGGAUUCACACUCAGUUUUCAGAGAGCCCAGGAGGCCAUCAUCUCCAGUGCAGACAGUCAGAUCCCCCUAAGUGACCCCGUGCCUGACUCCGACAAGCUACAGGCGCCCUCGCUACAUGCUGAGAGCGCAGCCAAGCACAACCCGAAGUGUGGGCUUUUGUUCUCUGAAGAUAACGAGACUUCUGGGGCACAGAACGAGGGUGCGCCACUGCUGCUUUGUGGCAAACACACAAGAGGACAUUCUCUGGACCUGUCCUGUGAGGCCCAGGAGCCCUGUCCAAGUCCCCCUGCGCUGGAAGGAUUCAACAGCCCCAAUGCCCACCUGGCCCUAGAACCCAACUUGAUACUUAAGAGUGAUGAAAAUGUCACCUCCCUUCCAAGUGCCAGUGUCAGCCAUGACUCUAAGGGACACCUUGAGGACCAAGCGGGUAGUUCUAUAGGAGCUAGGCUUAACAAGCCUGUUGCCAAUGAUCUCGGCUUUAAGGGUGAGUCUGUAUGUGCAGGGACCUCUCCGCUAUCCACCCUUCAAAGCGGUGGUAGGGCCUGGUCUCACCCCGUGCCAGAGCCUCCCUGGAGGCCCAGUGCCUGCGUUGGACAGAGGCUCCAGGAACCAGCCUGCUGUUCCUCUCCUCUGCUUCAGGUCCUGGAUGCUACAGCCAAGAGUGCAGAUGAUGCCCAGGGUCUUCAGCCUGGGGACCCCUCAGUGACAGGAGAGGCCAUUGUGGAAGAGGGUUCCUCAAGGGCUGUAAAAAUGUCAGCUCUUCCUGCAGACAUCCGAAAGCAGCUGAGGUCCAAGGCAGAUGGACGUCUGGGCUCACCCGGUCAACCCAAAAAGAGCAAGGGCCUGACUCAGGCCAACAGAGUCCGGCCGAAAGGCCAGAGGAGCCUGCGGAACCCAGACGCACUCACCAAGGUCAGUGCCCAUUUGGAAGCUAGGCCGGCCAGGGGCAGAAGGCCACGCCAGGGGAACCUUAGGAGACAAGCACUGUCCUCCACAAGCCCCACCUGCCCAGAUGGCACAUCCUUGAUUGCAAUCCAGAAACCGUUCACUCUCCAGAAGGAACCUGCAGAGAGAAGCCCAGAGAAAGCAGCCAGCCCACAGACAUUGUUUAGCCAGGAGAAUCCCGCUCCCUCCCAUAGCGGCCUGGCCACAGGUGUCAUCUCUACCAUGCCCCAAGCCACGCCUACUCCCAGUGACCUUGAUCAGAUACCCCAGGAAGACCCCGGGGCCAGAGUCAAGCCUAUUAGGACACCAGCACCUUCCUCCCACAGAGACCUUCCCAGCCCCGAUGAUCAGCCAACCUGUCCUGUCUUGGCACCUCUGGGUGCCAGUCAUGGCCAAGCCACCAAAGAUGCUAAACUGCCAGCAUCCCCUACACUAUUGGUGACAAACUACUGUGGCCCUGAAGAGCCUUCAUCCCACCACUCUCUGCUGGGGACCAGCAGUCCCGAGGACACUCCCGGGGCCCCGCCUGGCUCCAUCCAUUUCUUGGUCCCUGUAUCACUAGAGAGGAACAGCCCCAAAGGCAUCACAGUAAGAACAUUAGCAGAUCCUGGAAAAGAAGAGCUGAAGAUAUCUCUUGCCCAUUCCUCUGCUCUUCCCCCGGGGAAUCCCAGCUCUCCCAAAAUGACCAUCAAAGCUGCCCCUCUGACCUGCAUUCCCUCCAAAGAUGACCUAGACUCAAGUGAGACACUUGAGAUGCCAGACCCCCACUGCAUGGGAGUCCCAGCCCUCAGCAGCCCAGAAAGGACAUACUCCAAGGAUUCUUUCUUAGGGUCCCAGAGCAGCACACCUGGCCACGGGGAAGGCCACAGCAUCAUAGCUGUGCCCACAGACCUUGCCACACUGGAGACCUCAGGACCAGACUCUCAAAUCUGCCAAGAAGAUGAGGUAGAAGCCAGCAGCAAGGAACAGGACAACCCAGGAACACCUGGGACAAGACACCACCAUGUGACAAAUGUAGCCAGAGUCAUGCCCACAGAGCUCCACUUGGCCCUCGAAACUCCUCUGAGCAGCACAUCCAGUGACUUCAGGUCUGAGUCUCCUCAGUCCCAUAUUGGUAUCUCUCAUCACCCUCCCCAGAAGGGCUCCUCCGAUCCCCAACACCAUAAACGGAGGCCCCGUGGCUUGAACAAAAAUCCGGAGCCCGCAGAGCAGGCCCCAGCUGAGCCGCCCGUGACAUGCCAGCUCUGCCUAGCCUCCUUCUGCUCCAAAGCAGGCUUAAGCCGGCACAAAGCCAGGAAGCACCGGCCACAAAGGGAAUCUAGGUCCCCGCUGAGCCCCAUGGUUACGCCAGCUUGCCAGCCUCCAGAUCCCGUGACCGAAGCAUGCCAGACUCCUGAGAAGAAAAGCCGCAAGGUGCCUGGGAAGGGGAGACUGAGGCACCCGGGCCCGGGCGCUGGCCACACUCCAGGACCACCUCACCUCCAGGCCUCCACGACAUUGGAGGACAUCAUGGGGCCUGAGAUAUUGAAAACGACUAGUGAGAAAUCUGAGGGAGCUGGGGCACUGGACACCCCCCUCGACCAGCACCCACCAACCCCAGACCUCACUGAACAAGGAGAAAGUGCCAAGGUUCCCGCCUCAAAACCAAGAAGACCAGACAGGUGGCGGCGAGCAGAGCAGCUCCAUCCUGGCCAGACAGAAGUGAGCGGCCGGAGGCAAGGUGGAGAGCCUGCCAACUCCCCCAGCCACCCAGAGAGGAGACACAACAGGAAAGGGGGGAAACUGAGAGGGAGGAGGCGGAAGCAAGGUCCUGGAGGUGCUACCCAUGUGACGUCAGACAGGCAUCUCUCAGACCCAUCGGCCGCCAAUGGCCAUCCUCUCAGCCCCCUGAGCCUCUCGCCUGAGGAAAGAUGCAAGGCAGCUGCCAGGCCACCCCCUCCAGCCUCCACAGGAGGACCCAGAGCACCGGAGGAUGCUGAAGACAUUGGCCCAAGGACCCUGUGUACAGAGGAGGUGCCAGCACAUAAGGCCUCCCAAGAGCGUCAAGUCUGUCCAGGGACGAUGGAGAAGCAGCAUCUGGUGGAACAGGAGGCAACCUGGUCACAGUGGUUCUGGGGACCUGAAGAGGCCAGGGCAUCGACCAUUAGUGGAGAACCCCCACAGGCAACUGAGAGCCAGCCUGCAGAGCACUGCACAGGAGUCAAAGGCAGGUCUGACAGAACCCCUGGGAAAGGGACGCCUGACUUACCUGACAGGACACACAGCCUUGAAGUGGACAGCGCCAUCAGCAGCUGCCCCCAGAGACCUAUCAAAGACCCGGAAACCCAGAAUGCGGUCCACGGGCCCGAGGGCAGUACGCCUGAUGCCCCCAGCCCAGAGCAAAGGGAACCCCCAGACUGGGUUGAUGAUGAGGUGUCCUUCUCUCAGCUCUUCCCCCUGGGUGGCCGCCUCACUCAGAAGAACCUACGUGUCUAUGGGAAGCGCUACAAAAGGCCAAAGUGCCCAUCCCCGAAGGAGCCCACCACUGAGGUGAUAAACAGUGUCUCACACAGCUCCACGCGCCUGCCCACAGAUCUCAGUGACUCAGGCUCUCUCUGCCUGUCCCGUGAGGGAGAGGACCUGUGGGAUGAUGAAGUCAUGAGUUUGCCUGAGUCCCUCCUCCUCGAUGGGCUCCUAAGCAAUAAGACACCUGGCUUUGACCUGUGGACCCCCAGCCCCAGCCGGUGGGGCCUGGAAUCCCACGGGGAAGCCAGCCGCACAGAGGAGGGGGAGUCCUCCUGCUUCCUGGAGAACCAAGAAGAAUGGUCAGGGCCCAUCCCCCAGCUGCACAUGGUCCCAGCAGCCUGGCGCGACCUGGAACCCUGUAGCCCAGCCUGUGAGACAGCCUCUUCUGUUGGAGACGGGAGCCCUGAACCCCCCAACCUGGAAAGGGAACAUGACAGCAGCCCUCCGGGAAAUGCCAGCCUGCCCCCACUUUACGUUAAAGACUUUGAGGUGCUCAGCACCCAGCUGGAGAUUCAAGACCUGUGCUUCCUAGGACCCUGCGAUGACCUUACUGAGCUCCCUAACCCAGGUGCCCUAGACUUCCAGGCCACAGCAACAGAGUCACAGGACUCUCCAAACAAAAGGAUGGAGGGGGCUGCCAGGGCCAGGCGAGCCAAAGGCAGAGACCUGCGGGUGAAGGGCAGGAAGGCCUCCUACAAGUGCAGGGUGUGCUUCCAGCGUUUCCACAGCCUGGGCCAGCUGGACCUGCAUAAGCUGUCGCACAGCCCCUCGCCGCCCCCCACCUGCUACAUGUGCGUGGAGCGCAGAUUCGGCUCCCGGGAGCUUCUGCGGGAGCACCUGUGGGAGAAGCACGUGCAGGGCAGAGCAGGGCCCUGGGCCUGUGGCAUGUGCCUGAAGGAGGUGGCCGAUGUCUGGAUGUACAACCAGCACCUUCGGGAGCACGCGGCCCGCUUUGCCCGAAACGGACAGGCGCGGCGAGCCUUGGAAGACCUGCCUAGGUGCUUGGAAAGGGAAAGCACCCUCACACACUUCCUGAACACCAUUGUGGAGCGAGCAUCCAAACCCCAGAGGACCAAGCGCUCAAUUGACAAGGCCAGUGGGGAACCAUCGGAGCAAGAAGGAGAUGCUGGAAAGAAAACCCCAAGGAGGGUGAAAGGCAAGGCCCGUGCCCCCGUGACCCCCAGCGGAGAAGGCACAGAGCGAGGCAGCCAGUCCCUUCCGACCACCUGCUCUGACUCUGCCAAGACACCCCCCACUCUGUCCCCAGACCCUUGGUCCCACGGCGAGUCCCCACUCCAAGCUGUACCAGUGCACGAGGACUGCAAGGACCCCUCCCGGGACUGCCACCACUGUGGGAAGCAGUUCCCCAAGCCCUUCAAGCUGCAGCGCCACCUGGCGGUGCACAGCCCACAGCGCGUCUACCUGUGUCCCCAGUGCCCACAGGUCUACCCUGAGCACUGGGAGCUGAAGGUGCACCUGGGCCUGAUCCACGGGGUGACAGAAGAGAAGGAGCUGCCCCACGUGCCUCUCUACACCUGUGAGCUCUGCGCCAAUGUCAUGCACGUCAUCAGGAGGUCCUUUGUCUGCAGCUCCUGCAACUACACCUUUGCAAAGAAGGAGCAGUUUGACAGACACAUGGACAAGCACCUGAGGAGUGGCCAGCAGCCCUUCACACUCCGAAGUGUUAAGCGGCCAGGGCUUCCUAGGAGGACCACCUAUGUCUCCCGGGAUGUGCUUCCCAGCAAGCAGCACAGGCUGAUGGCGCCCUCCAGCCCUCCUGUGCUCAGCACAGACACAAUCCCAUCCGCAGGCAGCCCAACGCCAAGCGAGGUGUCCCUUCCUGCACUGCCCCUGGUCUGUUCAGAGACAGCUCCUAGCCUCAGCCUGGACCAGCCCAGUCCUCAAGAGAGACCUGUGGACCAGGCAGGCCGCUCUCCGCAGGGGAACAAGCCAUUGAGUGGCCAAGAUCUUCCACCUCCGUCUCUGUCUCCUUUCUCAGCUGCCUCUGCUGAAGGUACAGGCAGCUGCAAGCCGGACAGAGCCCUGGAGAAACCAGAACGCGAGGCUUCCUUGGGAAGCCUUGAGCCGUGUACGUGGCAGACUCUGGUAAGGGAAAAGAGGACCCUUCACCUGGUCUCAGGAAAACACAGGAACCCAGGCACCCGGGACAAGUGUGCCCCUGGAUGUUCCCCAGGAGACCCCUCUGAGCUCCAGGAGAGACUGGUAACCACAAACCACAUGGCACCUGAGGGAAGAAUAGAGGGUCCCUCCCAGAAGGGCAAUGCCACCAAACCAGGAGCCUGUUCAAGUACCUCUAAACCCAAACCAGCAGAACCCACCAAGAAAGCACUGAAGCUACCCGCACCACCCCGAAAACCUCUAGGCAUGGGGGUCCCGGCCGGAGAGCUGGUCUUGAGUCCUGAUGACAGGGUAAAGCCCAACGCUUCUAAAGGUAAACUGAGUCAGAGCAGUGGGGGACUCCAGCCCGGUACUCAGACAGGGGGUGGCAGCCAGCCCCAGCCAACCAGUGGGCAGCUCCAGAGUGAGAUGGCCUCCACCCCCACUGAGCCCGGCUGCCCUAGCUGGGCGAGCUCCACCCCUGACCAGCCCCCACCUCGAGCCCACACCAAGGGUGGAGUCAGGGGACCUGGAGAAGCUGUUCAUCAGAGGGCCCAAGUGCACUCAAGUCCCAGGGAGACAAGAGAAAGCCAUGAAAAACAGAGGAAGGGCCAGGCCCUGGCACCGGGCAGACACGGCAGCGUGGGAAACACCGGGAAAGCACCCUCAGCCCCUGAGAAGUCAUCCAGGGCCCCCCGAAAGCAAGCAACCCCCAGCAGAGUGCCCCCUGUCAAGCCAAGACCCGGUGGCCAGAGCAGCAGGGCAAGGCCACAGCCAUCGGGACAGCAGAAAGGGGGCCCGGGCCCCACUUCAGAAAAGGGCUCUUACCCCCAGGCAAGAGCCCUGCCCAGGCCCUACAAGAGGGUCAGAGCUGUCCGUGGCGCUGUGCCUAUGGAGCCCCGAGACCGGCGGACUGCAGAAGCCCAGAGCGACCUCCUCAGCCAGCUGUUCGGGCAGAAGCUGGCCAGCUUCAAAAUCCCUCUAAAGAAAGACAGUUCCCAGUGAGAGACCCACAAGAGAGGGUGCGUGGGUGCCCAGCCGAUGGGCUUCGGUCCGGCCUCCAGUGUUGGAGACAGCUCACUCGGAGACGCCUUGUCUGUUUCUCUGACCUGAGUUCCCACAAGUUCUCCAACAGAUUCGAGACCUGAGAGCAAGCGUGCUGCUGAGAACUGGGCUCUUCCUGGAAGGCGGGGAAGGACCGGCUGCCACCUUCCGCCCUGAGCUGGUGCACCUGCCUCCCUAGUGCGGAGUACUUGAAGUAAGCAGGUCACGUCCCGCCACCACCGUGACGCCCUGUGCUGUAAAGCUUGCAUUUGAGGGUCUGCACAGGGUCCCCUCUCUCCUCGCAGGGAAGCACACAGUGGUCACUGCCUUUUCUGCUUCCAUGGUCAAGAUUCCAAAGUGUCCUUAGACGUCACAUGGGAGAGGACCGUGCUGUCUGCUUGGGCCAUUUCUGAGCC